UGGUAGAAAAAUGGCUGAAUAAAUGAAAUGGGAUGAGGAUGAGAUCUACAUCAUCGUUCAUCUAAUUUUUGUUUCAUUUGAAUGUUUGAUAUAGCCAUUGCUAGGGUUUUAUCUUAUAGUUCGUUUCCUCCAUGAGUACCAAACGCGCUUAUAAGCUACAAGAAUUUGUGGCACAUUCUUCAAGUGUGAAUUGCCUAAAGAUUGGAAAAAAAUCAUCGAGGGUUCUUGUGACUGGAGGGGAAGAUCACAAGGUUAAUCUUUGGGCUAUUGGUAAACCAAAUGCCAUACUGAGUUUACCAGGACACACAAGUGGAAUAGAUUCAGUGAGCUUUGAUUCUUCAGAAGUUCUGGUAGCUGCAGGUGCUGCAAGUGGUACCAUCAAGCUUUGGAAUUUGGAGGAGGCAAAAAUUGUUCGGACCCUGACUGGUCAUAGAUCCAACUGCAUUUCUGUGGACUUUCACCCCUUUGGCGAGUUCUUUGCAUCUGGCUCUCUUGAUACAAAUCUAAAGAUAUGGGAUAUCAGAAAGAAAGGGUGUAUCCACACUUACAAAGGACAUACUCGAGGAGUCAAUGUGAUCAGGUUUACACCAGACGGUCGGUGGGUAGUAUCUGGUGGUGAGGACAACAUUGUGAAGGUGUGGGAUUUGACUGCUGGAAAACUGUUGCAUCAGUUCAAGGAUCAUGAAGGUCAAAUCCAGUGCUUAGAUUUUCACCCCCAUGAGUUUCUACUGGCUACAGGUUCAGCUGAUCGCACUGUUAAGUUUUGGGACCUUGAAACCUUUGAGCUUAUUGGUUCAGCUGGGCCUGAGACUACAGGAGUCCGUUGCUUAACCUUCAAUCCUGAUGGAAGAACUGUACUCUGUGGAUUGCAUGAAAAUAUGAAGGUUUUCUCAUGGGAACCAGUAAGAUGUCAUGAUGGUGUGGAUGUGGGAUGGUCUAAAUUGUCAGAUCUUAAUGUUCAUGAAGGAAAGCUUCUUGGCUGCUCAUAUAAUCAAAGCUGUGUUGGAGUAUGGAUUGUAGACAUCUCGCGCAUAGAAGCAUAUGCAGUUGGUAAUGCUAAACGUGUAAAUGGUCAUUCUGAACCUAAAUCUCGUUCAGGUGGAAACCUCUCUGUAUUGAAUGAGAAUACCACAAAAGCUAGUAUGGGAAGAUUACCUGUUUCACAAAAUCCAGAUCCUUUAGUGAAGGAAACAAAAUCUCUUGGAAGGUUGUCCAUUUCACAAAACUCAGAUCCUGCUAAGGAGUCCAAAACCACAAGAAAUCUACCUGGUACUCCUCAUCGGGUCAAUUUAAACACUGCUCGAAGGACAACUCAACAAAGUUUGGUAGCAGUUCCUAGUGUAGCAGCUCCAAAGCGGAGUUCUGCAAGGGCUAAUUCAGCUGUCAAUGUUUCUACUUUUAGCAAGUCCGAUUUUGUACCUGUGGUUGUGCCUAGAAAUGAUACAAGGGUGGAGCAGGCUGCUGAAUUAAGAAAAGAAGUUGGGAUAUCUGAGAGAAGUUUGGAGCAGGUCACUGAAUCUAGAAGAGAAGUUGGAAUAACUGGUAGAAGUUUGGAAUCGAGUCAGCCUGUUGCUGAAGCAAGAAAAGAAGUUGGAAUGGUUCGGAGAACUUCGGAGCAGGGAGCUGAUUCCAGAAAAGAACUUGGUAUUGUUGGAAGAACAAUGCCAUUUUCUUUGCAGUCGAAGACAUCCAGUUUUCGGAAUUUUCAAAAUAGCAGGGAAGAUAUGGACCAGCCAGCUAUCUCUGCUCUGCCUGAGACUGCAGGUUCUAAGGCUCCUGAAUUCAGCAGUGUUCUGGACAGGAGUACUUUUCCAUCUGUUAAAGGCCCAAUUCAUGGAACAUCUGCGGCAGAAAUGAAUGCGAGGGAAGAUGGGUGCAUUGGCUCCGUCAAGAGUGAACCUAACUCGGUGUUGGAAUUGCCUUCAAGCUACCGGGAUGAAAAUUAUGAUGCACAAGCGCAAAAAUCACACAGAGAUGCAUAUCCUCUAGAAAGCCGAAAAGGAGUCAACUAUUCAGGAAGAACACAUUCAGUAGUCAUAAAUUGGGAGAAAAGGAGAUAUAAUUUUGAUGGGCCUUCUUUGAGUAUCUCUUCGAGGAAUGUAUCUGUGACAAGCAUGCCUUUGUAUAAACAAAGACGAUACACUUCCCAUGUGGAGAAAGAAAUGCCUUCUGCUACUGAUGAGUAUACUGUUGCGGAUGUAAUGGAGCCGCAUGAUCAAUUCAUCGGUUCCAUGCAGUCUCGUCUAGCCAAGUUACAGGUUGUUCGUCGACUAUGGGAAAGGAAUGACAUAAAGGGGGCAAUCAAUGCAAUGGAAAAGAUGGCUGAUCAUGCUGUGCUUGCUGAUGUGAUUAGCAUCAUCACUGAGAAAAUGGACAUUGUCACGUUAGAAAUUUGCACCUGUCUUCUGCCGCUUCUAUCUGGUCUCCUUGGAAGUAACAUGGACAGGCAUUUGAGCAUCUGUCUUGACAUGCUGCUUAAGCUGGUCUGGACAUUUGGUUCGAUGAUUUGUUCAACAGUAUCAGCUUUGACACCCACUGGUGUAGACAUUGAGGCAGAACAGAGGUUUGAGCGUUGCAACCUCUGCUUUAUAGAACUCGAAAGAGUAAAGCAAUGCCUGCCUGUCCUUACCAGAAGAGGAGGAUCGGUUGCAAAAUCUGCUCAGGAACUGAAUCUAGCACUUCAAGAAGUAUCAUGACUGAAUUCAACUCAUCGAAUGCAUUCACCAACUUUAUUUCCGUACUUUUAUGGAUUGAACUGUUCGAGUUUUGGUGCACUCAAACGUGCCGACGAAAGCAUCGACGACUACAUUGAUGCAUAUAAUCAUGUAAGUUCUGCUGUGAACCCUGUACAUUUUACACUAUUAAUGAAGCCAUUCAACUCCUAAGCCGAUUCAACUGCAAUCUGAAUCGGCUG